UGGUGAUGGAGGAAAGGCUAAUAACUGCGGUGUCGGUUCACCCAGAGUUGUACAACUCAACUUUGAGUUCCUACAAAGACUUAGACAAGAAGGCUGCGGCGUGGAGGGCCGUGAGCCUGCAAGUGGAUUUACCGGAAGAAGAUUGUCGAAAGAAAUGGAAGAGUCUGAGAGACGGUUUUAUUAAAGACAAGCGCUCAGAGGAGAGGAGGCUGGCGUCGGGGGGAACCCACCGCUGCUGGAAGUACAGCCGGCAUAUGGCCUUCCUGACGCCCUUCAUACAGUCCAGGACCUCAGCCUCCAGCUCCGUUGCGGAGGAGCUGUGCGAUGGGCGGGACUGGGAGGGGGAGGGUGAGGUCAACAGCCACCCAGUGGCUAUGCUCCACGGGAGGGAGGCGGAGCUCAGCGACACAGACACGCCCCCUCGUUUCCACGCUGGCUCGCCCAUGCUCAAACGGACACGGUGGCAAGGGGAGGGGCUGGAGGGUACGGAGGAUGAGCUCUUCCUCAUGAGUCUCCUUCCUCAUCUGAAGAGGCUACCGUACGAAAAGAAGUGCGCCGUUAAACUCAAAUUUCACCAGCUCCUGUACGAGGCCGAGUUUCACAAAGUUUGUGAAUAAUAUGUUUUAUCUUUUGUAUCCAUGGAUUAAACAAGGGUCUUUUUUUAAAAUACACCCUGAACAGUCUCAAGCUCCUAUACAGCAAUGGAUUUUUCUGGACUGUCAUGCAUUUGAAGGCUACACAUGAAGACUGCACAGUUGAGAGGACUCACUGACCCUCCCCACCCACUUAGUAUCUAGUAACUGAACUGUGAAAUUGCACUAGCUUCAUACAUGAGGUAUAGGUGGACUUUUAGAUGUUGGAUUUUUUUGAUGGAAUUAUUUCUGUAAACAAAACUGUGUGACUUUAUCUCUAAACCCCUAUAUGUACACAGUCUAACUCAGCAGCAAAUACUUAUGACAGUUAGAUCUUGAUUGGUAUGAUUUGUUAAUAUCAGAUACACGAGUUAUCCUACUAAUCUGUGUUUAGAUUUGAAAGAUUAAACUGAGGUGACGUCAAUUGAAAAUGAGAGAACGAAAGUCAUUUAAAAAUCAGGUAGUUUAGUUCAGGCUCAUGGCAACUUGUACAUUGUACCCAUAUUUAGAAAACUGAUGCGUUCUUCCUAGGUUUUGACUUAAAGUGAGCAAUCUGAAUGUGUACCCUCCCAGCUGUAAUGCUUUGUGAGUUAAAGGAACAGAGAGGGAUAUGUCUGAAAGUCUGUUACUUAUGAGAACUGUAAGUAACAAUUCUGUUUUCUGUAGCCGCCUAGCUAUCAGUCAUGGCCGGCCAUUAUAUUAGCCUAUGGCUAGACCACUCCUGUAAUGCAGAAAGUAUCUAAUGAUCUAAACAGCUCCUGACUCUCACUGCACCAUUAAGGUAUUUGAUACGCAUGAGAACAUAUUAAGUACCACUGGAACAAAAGCAUUUGUGGGAAAUGCACCUGCUCUUAAUAGAAGAGGCAGGUGGGUUACAGUAAAGACUUAUUUUAAGACAUGAGAUAAGAUAUGCUUUUAUUGUCUAUUACCAUGGAAGUACUUUGGUUUUAUUAAUGCAACAACACCGUGAAGUAGAGAAGAGAAGAAGGUCAGUACAAUAGAUUGUAGUACAUACAUACUACUAUCUUCAAUGCCAGGUACAAUUUCUAUCCAUGUUGCCUUCAUUCAAACUUUAGUAGUAGUAGUCACUCAUCUGCUUGGCACCAGUGUAGUCAUACACAUGUGUACACACACACACCUGUACACACUCACCUGUCCACAUACAUGUGCAUACUGAAGGUAAAAAGUUGCUCCCCCUCCUGAAAUUGAGAAGCAUAAGUUUUGUCUCCACAUUACCCUCACUUCAUUUAUAGUAGUUAAUGAUGACAGAUCAAAAGAAGUU